CUCUCCACAAACCAUCAGUCAUCCGCAGAGUACGAAAGAGUCAUCACUCUGUUCCGUCUGUCGCGUACGAAGAAAAAGAGGUGGCGUAAAAAGUGAAGUGGCCAGCGAAGAAAGUCCUCCCCGAAUCUUUCUCCGCUUGCAAAGUGACUCAAGCUGCCAGCCAGGAAAAUACCAGCGCAGAACCAGUAGUGGUGGUCAUAUCGGAACUGUUGUGUUGUUGCUGCGAAGUACCGUGUUUCCGAUCCGACGGCGGUGGUGGUGGUGCAGGCACGACGACGACGAUGAGUGACUUCCUGAAAUCGGCGAUGAAUUACUUCAACGCUGGCCCCAGCGUCGGCGGCCAGGACAACGAAUUCGUCGGUCAGAUCGUGGAAAUAUCCAACGUCAAGCUGCGAAUCAAGCGCGUUAUCGCCGAAGGAGGAUUCGCUUUCGUGUUCGUCGCACAGGACGUCCAAUCCGGAAACGAGUACGCCCUGAAGCGACUGCUCGGUGCCGACAAGGAAGAAUGCAACAACAUCAUUCGCGAGAUCAGCACUCUGAAGCAGGUGUCCGGCCACCCGAACAUUAUCAAAUUUGUUGCGGCGACCUUCAUCGACCGGACCCAGAAUGCUGCCGGGGCCAAGAGGGCCGAAUAUCUGCUGGUUACGGAACUGUGCAAAGGAGGCUCCCUGUAUGAUUGCCUGGAGAAAGACCUGUCGCCGGACACGGUGCUGCGGGUGUUCUAUCAGGCCAGCAAAGCGGUUGCCCAUCUGCACACGCAAGCGGUGCCUAUCAAUCACCGGGAUAUUAAGAUUGAGAAUUUCCUCAUCGGAAGUGAUGGCCAGUUGAAGCUAUGUGAUUUUGGAUCGGCCUCGACCGAUACCUAUGCGCCAGACGUAAGCUGGAAUGCUCACCAGCGAGACAUGCUGGAAGACCACCUUGGGCGUUGUACGACGCCGAUGUACCGAUCGCCAGAGCAGUUGGACACCUGGAACAAUCACCCGAUCGGCAUCAAAACAGACGUGUGGGCCCUGGGAUGUAUACUGUUUUGUCUGUGCUAUCGGAAGCAUCCGUUCGAGGAUUCGGCCAAGCUUAGGAUUAUCAAUGCUAACUACACCAUUCCGAAUGAUUCGCGGUAUGCGUGUUUCAAUGAGAUUAUUAAAGGAUGUUUACAGGUAGAUCCGGCGCAGCGGUUUGACGUAUCAAUGAUACUGGAACGCUUGGCCGCCAUAUCGGAGACAAAAGGCUGGUCAUUGAAAGGACCGCUGACGCUGGAUGGCAAACCGUUGAAUACGCCACCGAGCGGACCUACGCCCAAUCCAAGUCCCAUGCAUCACCCGGAAGCAGUGGUAGCAAAUCAUCAUCCUCCUCAGCGGCCAGCUCCUCCUAGACCGACUCCUCCGGUCGGAUCCAAUGCAGGUCCACCACAGGAAAGGAAAAAUCCUCAACGUCCCCCAGAUCCGGUUCGUCCUGCUCCUCCGGUUGUCGUUCCACCGGUUCAUCAUUACCCGCAUCCCCAACCGAUGGUGGGAGCAGCUGGCGGAGGCGGAGGAUUGUUUUCCUCGAUCAAAGGAGGCGCUGGAAGUUUCCUGAAGAACCUUAAGGACACCUCUUCAAAGGUUAUGCAAACCGUUCAGCAAAGCAUCGCUCGUACGGAUCUCGAUAUUAGCUACAUCACACAACGGAUUCUUGUCAUGCCGUGUCCUUCGGAAGGCAUAGAAUCCACCUACCGGACGAACCACAUCGAAGAUGUAAAACUAUAUCUGGAAAGUCGAUAUCUUCCGACGAAACUUAGUAUUUAUAACCUGGGUCCUCGGAAUUGCCCCAGGCUGCCACCGCCGGUUCGCACUGUGGAAGGUAGUUUUCUCUAUUCUCCUGUUCCAGCGUCUUACAAAGCGCCCACUUUGGCGGGAUUGUACUCGCUGGCCGAAGACAUGUACGGUUUUCUGAAUGCGGAUCCAAAAACGCUCAUCGUCAUCCAAAGUCCGGACUCGGGCAAAGCUAUGGCAGCCACCAUGGUAUGUGCAUUGUUGGUGUACAGUCAGCUUGUAACAGAGCCAGAAGAUGCGAUGCAAAUUUUCGCCGUCAAAAGGACGCCUCCCAAUAUGCGGGCCUCUGAACUGAGAUACCUUUACUAUCUGGGCGACAUUGUGAGGUCAGUUCCACACUUGCCGCACUACUACCCGGUCACAUUGGUCUCUGUCACGGCAAGCCCAGUCCCCCGAAUGACAAAAGCACGCGAUGGAUGCAGGAUUUACGUGGAGGUAGCUUCCGGAGAUCGGAUUCUUUUCAGUACCCUUCAGGAGUACGAUCGGAUGAGACUUUACAGCGCUGCGGAAGGCAAGGUCACUCUGACUUUAAACGUUACCGUUUGUGGGGAUGUUACAGUAACACUGUAUCACGCUAGAAAUGCCUUGGGUGGCAUGGGACGGCCACAGGGUCUGAAAAUUUGUCAAUUCCAGUUCAACACGGGCUACAUUCCAGAAGAAGAGACACUUAUUAAUUUUACCAAAACCGAGCUGGACGAGGUUCCGGAUGUCGAACACGUUCCGCAUGGUUUCCAUGUGGGUCUAUCUGUAUUCGUUGGCGAUUCGGAACGACCCCCUGCCAAUCAGCCGCCAUGGAUACCGGCCAAACCACAAAGAGAUCCAAAAAUACUCUUCGCUUCCCAGCUAGAAUACGAGGAAAACGUGGACAACUUCAUUUCGAAGCCAACUGCUUCCAAGCCAGCUGCCGCUCCCAGUCGGCCACCACCGAGACCAGCUCCUCCAUCCCCACAACCCACCAGAGCUAAUCCAACACCCCCAGCACCAACAGAAGACCUUUCGCAAACUACCCAAAAUGAUGCAGAUCUUCUCAAUCUUAGCCAUGCUAGUCAAAAGACUUCGGAAGAGCGCAAGCCAGAACAAAGCGAAGCCACAUUCGACCUGCUGGGAGGGUUUGCCCCACCCGUAAUCGAAACUUCCAGAUCCAACCCCAACACUGGAUCGAACGCAGGCCUCGAUGACAUCUUCGGAACCAUGCACAGUGGUCCAACGCCGCUCCAAACCACCAAAUCCAGUACCGAUCUCAACGGACUCAACCUUAACUUCGACAACUUCGGAGGUAUCGCUCAACCGGCUACGGCUUCGAACGGAUCUACCACCACCACCGCAACCUCUAACGGAGUCAACAACCAGUUCAACAACAGCUUCGGUUUCGAUCCAUUCGCCGGGAUCAGCGCCAGUGCAUUCCACAACAGCCAUCAGGCUCAACCCCAAGCAACCCAGCAGCAGCAGGCUCAACCGGCCAACAAGGAUCCCUUCGCGGACAUUGGCAAUUUGGCUUCGAAUUUAGGCGGCGGAACCGCGGGUUGGGGUAAAUCCGGAACAACGACCACGCCCAGUCCCCGCUCAACUCAAUUCUCUAGUCCGACACAUCACUUAAGCGGCGCCAGUACGGCCAAUCCUUCGCCCAGGGCCCCGUCAACUCCCAUCCACCAACAGCAGCAGCAACAACAACAGCAGCAGCAGAUGCGAAGCCCCAAUGCGGACCCGCAGCGACCGGAUUACAGUCGGUCACACUUCGAUCAACCGAAAGCGAGCAACGGCGGUUCGAACGGGGCGGCUGGUCCGAAAGAAAAAUCUGGUGAUAUUUUCGGCGAUAUUCUGGGUUCGCAGGGGUACUCAUUUGGAAAUAUGAAGAACCAGGGCCCGAGGACGAUCAACGACAUGCGCAAGGAGGAGCAGAUCAAGGAGAUGGACCCGGAGAGACUGAAGCUGAUGGAGUGGACGGAAGGCAAAAAGAAUAACAUUCGUGCGUUGCUGUGUACGGUCCAUACGGUACUGUGGCCAGGCGCCAAGUGGACGAAAUGCGACAUGCACCAGCUGGUCAGCGCUGCGGACGUCAAGAAAACGUACCGGAAGGCUUGUCUUGCCGUGCAUCCGGAUAAGCACACCGGUACCGACAACGAGAGCAUGGCGAAGCUGAUCUUCAUGGAGCUGAACAACGCCUGGAGCGAGUUCGAGAAUGACGCCUCACAGCAAAAUCUGUUUGCAAACUAGAUUCAAUUAUUCUCCCUAUGCAUACAUACGUAUGUAUAUGUAUCUACACGUACGACGGUUACUAACUAUUCUACACUAUCCCUAACCUUCUUCCCGCUGGCUUACACACGUAAGACAUGAGAGAAAGAGAGAGAGAACGCGCUGCAUUUGUUAAUGUUGUUGUUACACAACACGUUCGUCUUGGAGUUUCGUUUCUACGGUUAAUUUCUACAAACAUUUCGUGCAGUGAACGUUUUCCUUUUGAUCGGCGAUCAACGAGCAGAGCUGGCGACAUCUUUUACCGAUCUAGGACUAACAUAUUUUGUUCGGUAUGUUCGAAUUUACAUUUUGCGAUUUUAGCUUUCGAAGGAGGGUCACUGAUUGCAACUGAUUUGCAUACUUAGUGGUUAGAAAGACUUAUCAUAUUAUGUUUAUAUACAAAAUAUACGAAGCUCAAUGAGUUUCCCUUAUUUUUUUUUGAAUCAGCAGGUAUUUUUCUAAAAUUCUUGGUGGAAUUCUAAGGCGAAUUCUAUCAGGAUUAGCACCGCCAGGAAGCAUGUGCUUGAGAAUUCCUGAAAUGGGGUUGUUACAAAUGUUGAUUAAAUCCUUCCAGAAUGAAACAGUUCUAGAGAAAUGUAUACAUUCGCAGAUAUUUUGAAUACUCGAUACGACAGUCGAUUCAAAAAUCUAAUGAUUGGAUCAGCUGUGGCAUUCUCGUAUAGCCAAGAUUUGGAAGAAUUGUAAUGCAGCAUUUCGGGAGAUGUUUUAUGAAAAACGUAAAGAAAAUUUCCUGAAAGGAUUUUGAAAAAUAUUAUUACAGAUUUCGCAAAAAAUGUAAUCCUUUUUGUUGAGUUGAGUAUACUUGGCCUUAGAACUCUGUUCAACAGCUCCAAAGCUAAACACAUUGAGAUUAAGUAAAAUCAAAAUAAAAUAUAGCGAUGAAAUUUAAAACCUACAACAAAAUAUACUAACGCACUCUCGGUGUUAUUAUAGGCUCUACCCCGUGCGGCAUAAUGCUGUUCAGAAUAAUGUCGUUUGACAUAAAACAAAGUUGCUCCUUCCUUGCGGUUCGUAGCUAUAUGCCAGAUGGCAUUAUUCCAAAUUGCGUUAUGCCUAACGGGGUACAGCCGCUAUUAUAGUUACGACAACAAAUAAACCAGCCAAUCACAUUCUGUACCCCACAACAAAUAGCAAUGUAUAAAACAAACAUAAACUAAAAAUUAAAAGCCCCGUUGUUAAAUGUGAAUGUAACGAUUACUAGUAAGAACUCUUAAAAUACAUCACAUAGCUGAAUCAAAGAUGCAAAUGUUAAGUUAUUAGGGAGCAUUCAUUAAACGCUUAAGUGCGGUGAUUCAUUGCCGCUGUCGAUUCCAAUCGGAUGAGUGCGUCGAGGAACGAUUAAUAGAGGAAACAUAAUGAAACUGUGAUUGAUUUUCAGAGAGAAUGCUUACGAGAUGAGGUAGAUGAGAAAAGCUGAGCGAGUUGUGAGUUUUAGAGAGAAUUGAUUUCAUUUGCUCAGUUGAAAAUGUAAUAAGUGUAUCUUAAAAGCGGAGGUGACUCCUGUAGCUCCCAUAUUUUUCACAUUCACAUUUACUUGAGCCCUGAUUAGCUUUAAGAACUGUGCUCCUACUCAAUGCAAUGAAUUUCCCCCCGUUGAUUGGUAUUACCCGGUCCAAAACACAUGUGAUGAUUGUGGAGCAUUCCCAAAAAAAAAAACAAUCUUUUGACUUUUCGUAAUAAUUCAACGUCUACGGAUGUUGCAAUCGAGUUUCAGAAGCUCCAGUGUGUACUUUGUACCAUUUGUUUGCAUCUACAGAAACAAUUCGACCCGACUGCUGUAAACAUAACGUACCGUCAAUAGAAGCUGAAGUAAAGCGUAAAUACAUAUACCUUGACGGUUAGGUGAAGAUUAAAAUAAUGUGAUGAGAUGUGUGUACGAAGGGUGGUAUCGGACAAGGAAGGAUUGUACAGUUGUGCAUCCGAAGUUUUGUUCUCUUAUUAAUAGCAAGCAAAAUAAUAAGUGUGAGAACUUCUUAAAACGCUGAGUUGCAAUCCGAUGCGCGAAUAGGUUAUUCUUUAACAUAUAGAUUACAACAGACAUAUACUAUUUAUGAAUGAAGGAAUAUAUAAUAGUUGAAAUAUUGCUGAAUGAAAGCUGAUUAAAAUUAUUCAGAAAUGCAAAACUA